ACAGUGCUUAAAUUCAAACACUGCUUUCGGUCAAAAAUUUAAAAUAUUCUAGUUUUCAAUUCACUAUAUGUGAUACAUUCUGUGGUAUCAAAUAAUGGCACAAAGUAGUUGCAAUAUUCGUUCUGGGACGAAGACUGGCCCCUCAGUAGAAGAAUUUCAGCGAAAAUUACAUCGAUGGUUUGAGGAACAAGGACUGUUAUCAGAUCUUCGAGCACACAUGCGACAAUUGAUUAUUGCUGCCCUAAAAGGGACUCAACUGGCUCCACAAGCUGGCCAUAGUAUGCAUCAGAACACAUCUCCUAAAAUACAAGCAAUUAAUUUACUUGUAGCAGAGUUUUUGCUUCUGCAAGAGUGUCAUUACACACUUUCUGUCUUCACAAGUGAAGUGCCACUUUUGCGAAAUCUUCCAGAAUUUUCUCCAUCACUUAAAGAUGCAGCUAAAAACAAACUAGAUACCAAGAAGAGUGGGGAAGUGCAUGCCAGUGCCUCUAGACUCCAGGACCGCCGUGUGUGGGAUAUACUAGAAGCACUAGGUUUUGCUCCUGAUUCAGGUGCAGGAAAAGCAGUAUUCAAAUCAUAUCAAGAAAAUAAUGGUGAACCACUUCUUACAUGUCUCAUACGUUCAGUAUCCAAAGUUGUUAGACACGAGAGAAAGAAUGAGAAACCUCUCACAGAAAUUGAGGAGAAUAUUUCAGUUCCAGAUAGUGACUCAGUUUUGCUAAUUACUGAAAGUUCUGUCACAGAGAAUGACAAAAAUGAUAAAAAACUAUCAGUUGUACAUGAUAUCCUCCAGAAACUUAAUGUGAAGCCAAAGUACAUGAAAAGACUAGAAAAUGAAAUAAAGAGGUUGAUAAAGGCUUCUCAGCUGGCAGAACAAGAAUAUUUUCAUGAGAAGUUAUUGUCAUAUGAAAAAAGAGUUCAAGAGGAACGUGCCCACUAUGAGAAGGAGCUGUAUUCCCAGAUCACGCUGGCACAACAGCAGCUUGUUGGACAGGGAGCUACGUCAGAAACAGGAUUGAGAUCACUGGAGACUCAAGUAAUGGCAGCCAUUCAGAAGCUGCAACGGAAUUUGAGACUUUUGGAGGAGAGAGACAAGAGGGAAGAACAGGGACAUCUAAAAGAGAAAAUGAAUAAAAAAGAAUUGAAAUUACUGGAAGAAAGAAAGGAUGUUUUGGAUAACAGGCAGCAGGAAAUCAGGCAUAGAGCAAAAAGUAAAAAAUCAGCAGAGAAACUGGCAACAGUUCCAAGCAUGCAGCAGGUGGAGAGCCAUCGUGACACAGGCCAAAUACUUGACAACAAAAGUUCUUGUGUCACAGAAGGGGACACAAAUGAAGAGCAAGGACAGGUGACUGUGACUUCAAGCAAGUCACAAGAGAGCUCUGUCAGCAGCAAGGACCAAAGUGUGCAAGUUGGAAAACCAGGCUGGAAGGUCAUCAGUGAUUUUGAAGAAAUCCGUGCCACAGUGCAGCGGCUUCAGCUGGAAAACGAGGAACUUCGGAACUUGAUGCGACAACAACAAGUACAAGUAUCAGAACUACGAACAUGGGGCCAACUCCACUUGGCGCCAUCAGUUUCUCAUUGUCCUGCUCAGACACAUCUAGUGGCUCCUGCAGAUUCAAGCCCAUCUGUUCCUCCUCCACCUCCACCUCCCCCUCCUCCUCCUCCCCCUCCCCCUCCUCCUCCAUUACCACCUCGUAGUCCACAGCAAAGGGCGUUUUACCGCCCAGAGGAUGAAGAACUUCAUUUCCGUGCUACAGGUGCAACAUGUGUGGCACCUGCUUCAACACAAACUCCGGUCAGUGGGCGUAGUCGUACUAGGAGGUUACGACGUUUUUCUGCUCCUCGCCGUGUACUUCUUUCUUCGGAAGACACGAGCCCGACAGAAGAGAUGCUGCGAGAUGCCCGCCGCCGUCUUCGACAAUUGGAGGAAGAAAGUGAAGCAGUGGACCGCAGUUACCGUGAAUUCUGUCUUCGACAGCAAAGGGCAACACCAGUGUCUGACAUGCUUGCAGGAUUACUACAACAUCCCGUCAGAGCUGAAUGUCCACAUAAUAAUAGUCCCAAUAAAAGUGAUGCUACAGGUAACCCGUCUGGGUUAAAAUUAGUGACACCUUUUCCUCCGAGAGUUGGAAACUUCUCUUCAGAAAGUCUGAUUACAACAGCAGGAACGACUGAGGCAGAAGGUUCCCAUAUCACAUUAGAAACACAAAAUAUACACCACACCACGAGGCCAACAGUAACACAAAACUCCAACAUUUGUUUAUCUGACAUAAUCUACAAUAUUCCAUCAUCAGAAAUAAUUUCACAGCAUUCACUUGCAAGUCAUGAUCAGAGGUCUUUAAAUGCCAUUGCUGCAGCACAUAUUGAUUCCUAUCAGACAGCUAAAAUGCAGGCUCAGAGAGAGGUUCACACAACACAUUUCUACAAGACUCCAUUGUUAAGUAGUACAAUAGGAAAUAGUUCUGCAAAUGCUGAUAAAUUUAAUAAUUCAGUUACUAUGGAGAGUUUCAACGGUAGUUGUGGACAUAAUACACAUAAGAAUAAGUCACUGAAUUCAGCAAAAAUAUAUUCAACCAAUGAAGAAAUGAUUGUACCAGAAAAAAAUAAUGUGUGCUUUCAAAGAUACCAUGCUCUUGUUGCUGAGACUGCUGAUGGCUCAGACCUUUCAGCAAUGAAAAAAGUGCAAAAUAUAACUGCACUAAGUGGCCAUCAAGCUAAAGCGACAGUUGAAGAAGUGCAUUCAAAUACCAAAGAAUCAGAAAAUCAUGAUUUGGUGACUCCAUUAGACAGUACUCUCAAAAUAUUAAAAGAUUCAAAGAAAAUAGGAAAAGAGACUGAAGGACAAAGAAUUGGCUUGGCUGAUGAAAAUAGUGUUGCAAAACUAUAUGAGCAAAAACCACUAAAAACAUUAGUCCUGUCUGAUUUGGCUGAGAAUCCUCAUUCUGCUCAGGCCACUGAGACAAACUCGGAAGAAAAUACAAAGAUUCUGUACCAAACAACAACCGAAAAUGGUGGUGCACAGCUGAUGGAACUUCAGGCACCUCCAGAGUUUUCUUCAAAACCACUGGCUUUAUCUAAUCCCCGCUUUUCUGAUCUUCUAUUACAUGAAGAAAGUUCAGAAGAACUGCAAGAUGAGAAAGCUGCCAGUCAUCAGGAAAAAGACUCUAAAAAAGAUUUCAUCUUACAUAAACUGACUGAUAUUGCUAGUGAGAGGUUAAGUUUAGGUGAUGCAGAAUUUAUUCCUGCUUCCAGUGGUGAUCAGUUGUUUGUACCCAGUUGUGACACUGAUACCGAAACCGAACCUGAAGCUGGAACAUCCAAAAGUGAUGUGCUUCCUAUUAAUGAUAACCAGAAUCACCUAAACUAUGAAACUGAACAGCAGGCUAUCUCUAAUGCAUCUGUCUCAAGUGAGCAACCAAUUUCAGCUGGGAAAUCUGCCAGUUCAAAUGGCAAUGAUUUCUGGUGAAGACAGUAAUUAAAAAUAUUGAACCUAUACUGUGGUACCUGUGCCCCAGCAAAUUUAUUGUCUUUUUGUGAAGCAAAUGAUAUUUUAUUAAUUAUAUUUUGGUCUAUUAACAGUUGAGUAACUUUAAUUAUGUCCUUGUACUCUGUAUGAUUCUUUUGGUGAAUAAAUUGACAUGAUAUAUA